AUGGCGACUUCAGACGGCACCGAGCUGCCACAGGGGUUCAGCUUCCGCAAUUGCAGGGACUACGUGGAUGUUUUCCCUCAAUACUGCAAAUACGACGAGUCGUACUAUCUUUAUCGAAUCGAAGUCGUUCCCAAUGCUGUCUUUGCUGGACUAUUCGCCCUCUCCUUUCUGGGAUUUGCAGCGGUCUUCGUCCUCACACGCUUCCGAAAUGUCGGCUUCACCGUUGCCCUCCUGCUGGGUGUUCUCUGUGAGGUCUUGGGCUACAUGGGUCGCAUAAUGAGCUGGCAGGACCAGUGGUCCGAGAACGGCUUCUUGAUCCAAAUAUGCUGUCUCACCAUCGGUCCUGCCUUCAUGGCUGCGGGCAUCUACUUCUGCCUCCGAAGUAUUAUCAUUACUUUCGGAGCCGAAAACUCACGCCUCAACCCCUUGUGGUACCCUCGAAUUUUCAUCCCGUGCGAUGUGAUAUCUCUCAUUCUCCAAGCCGUUGGCGGCGGCAUGGCCAGCGUCGCCUCGCAUAACCGCACCGACAUCGACCCAGGGAAUAACAUUAUGAUCGCGGGCCUUGCUUUUCAGGUCUUCACUUUGCUAGUGUUUAUUAUUUUCGCCGUCGACUUUGCGAUCCGCACGCUCCGGCGUGGCCCCGCCGCGCUCGACCACGAUCCAGCCCUUGUACGACUUCGUGCCAGUUGGUCCUUCCGCCUUUUCCUUGGCGCCUUGUCAUUGAGCACAAUCUGCAUUUUCUGGAGGAGUGUUUACAGAGUUGCCGAGUUGAGCGAGGGCUGGACAGGCCCCCUAAUGCGGAAGCAGGGUAUGUUCAUUGGGUUCGAGGGCGUCAUGGUAGUGGUGGCGGUGCUGGUCUUGAAUGUUUGGCAUCCGAACUUGUGCUUCCAGGGUAUGGAACAUAUCACUGGGAAGAGUGGUAACGUACGGCCAAAAAGCUCGCCUGCUCAGAGCAGUGGAGAGGAAGAACAAAAAGUCUCAGGCUCGCACGUCCCAAGGUAG